UCCUUUCAUAUAGUCGUCUUUGUGCUGCAGACUUCGUUGAUAAAUCCAUAUCAAUUAAUUUCAGUGUCAAUUUUUUUUUGUGUCUAUAUUCUUCUUUUUGCCUCAAUCUUUCUUCUCGUUUCCUCUCUCGUUCCUCUUGUAAUUUGAUCUGCGUAGCCGUGAACUCUCUCAUCGCCUCUAAUUUUCCUGCUUCAAUGUUGAUCUUUUGUUGCACUGCAGCUUCCAUACUUUCAACUGUGUCAGUUGACAUAGAUGUUUUCUUCCCUUUUAUUUUUUACAGCUUUCCUUCCCGAGGGACGUGGAUGUGACACACUGUCAGACUCCCCUAGCGGAGGCAUGCUUGUAUUGUUUGAUGAUGCAGUGUAUUGGCCUGACAUAGUAUUCUUUGUUCCACUACGUUCAUUACCAUCAGGUGCAUUUUAUUUUUUGCAACUUUCCUUCCCGGGGGACGUGAUGUGACAUAGUGUCAGACUCCCCUGGUGGAGGCAUGCUUGUAUUGUUUGAUGAUGCAGUGUAUUGGCCUAACAUAGUAUUUUUAUUCCUCUUUGUUCCGCUACGUUCAUUACCAUCAGGUGCAUUAGAUGAGUUGCUUUGACUACUCCAUUUCUCUUCAUCGUUUAAGACAAUCCAACAGUGCAUAAAAUUAAAAGUUCUACCAUUCAAUUGACGGUAUAACUCCAACGCCCUGUUCUAGAACCCUUUGUCGAGCAAGAGUGGUUGAAGGUGAUAUCUCUGAAUGUACCAUGCUACCCAAAAAUGGUACAAUACUUCUACAACAACAUCGUCUACCAGCGUAAUGCAAAUGGUUCCACUCAUGCAUUUAAAAUCUAUAUGAAUGGGGUGGAGAUGCGCAUCAGCAAGAAUGUGUUGGCGCAACUACUAGAGGCUCUAAACGAGGGAAAGAGAAUCCAUUCUUACACUGCUUGGAAUGAAACUCAUUUCUCGAGAACCAAGCAAAUCCAGAUGGUAUGUGGUCUUGAUGAAAAGGAAGAUGCUCAGGGUCGCAGUAGGCCAACGAGUAACCACCUGACAGUUCAAGCCAGAGUUCUUCACUACAUGCUUUCCUACAACAUUCUGCCAAAGGGUGGACAUCGGGCGGCAUUCACCUACUUCGACUUGGAUAUCCUCACCAACCUACUGUUAGAGGAGAAGGUGAACUUGUCAUACUUGAUCUUUAACCACAUGCUUACUGCUGCUGAGAGUUCAAACAAGAAUCUUCCAUAUGGGAUGAUCCUGACUUUUCUAUUUAAGCAUUUUCAUGUGGAUUUAAGUGGUGAGGUGGGGUUAAGAAUCUCAAGGCAGGAGUUCUAUAUAGUUUCAUAUCUGAAAAAGAUGCGCUUUGAACUGCGUAAUGGUGAGUAUGUUCGAAUAAACGAUGCUCAUGGUGCCCAUGGUGGUGUUGAUGAUGAUGAUGAUGAUGAGGAUGAUGAUGGUGAUUGUGAUGAAGGAGCCGGAGACGAGCCCAUGCCGCAUGCACAGAGUUCAACUCCACCGGUCACCUUAGAGCGUGUGUGGGAGGGCAUGGAUGGCAUGUACGAGUACAUGGGCCAGAUGACUGGCAUGUACUACUACAUGGGGAAAAUGACCUCCCAGAUGAGCACAAUGCAGGUGACCGUGAAUGAGAUGCGAGAUGAGUGGCGAUCUUUCAGCGGAAGAUACAUGCAUCCCCCCACAUCCGACCACCUUCAUGCUAGCAACACCAAUGAAGAAAAUGUGGAUGAGGGAGAGAGGGGACAUGAGUAGGAACUCAAAGAUUUUAGAUUGUGUGUUUUUAUUGUUAAGUGGUCAAAACGAUUGUUGAUUGUUAUUCUGUUGUUUUAGUUUUUUUUAUGUGUGAACAAUUAUGAUUUCUGUUUUAUUGUAUUUUUUAUUAGUUUGUUUAGUUGUUAUGCUAUGUAUUGAUGAGUCCUUGUUAUAAUUAUUUAUGACUAGUUAUGAUGAUUUGAAACAUAAUUUAUGCGAGCAAAAGAACCACACAAAUCGACAUACAUAAGCAAAAAAGACACGGGGCAUAGGUUGAUUUUCUUGUAUUCGGUCGACCUCUUACCGGAUUAGGUCGACCACGAAACCAACACUUGAUCUUCAUUUUACGGUCGACCAUGUUGUUAAUGACUGCCAUCAAGUGGUCGACCUAUAUACCUUUACGGUCGACCAUGUUGUUUCUGACGCCAACGAAAUGGCCGACCGAGGUUUAUUCUGGUCGACCAAUAAUAACAACUUAAACUAAGAAUGGUCGACUAGGUGUUCUUUGAGGUCGACCGCAAUGCUUUCUCGUGCUGCCCAAAUUAGUCAAUUCGGUCGAUCGCCUUCAAGAUUAGGUCGACCGAAAAGUCCAUGUCACGGUGACAUGCAUGUCAUAAUAGGCAUACCCUAAAAAUUAUGGACAAUAUCUUUCUUUUAUGAGUAACAUAUAUGCAUAAUCUCUUUGAUAAUUUGACAUUAUAAGAAAUAUUUACGAAAAUAUAUAAACUUUUCCAAAAUAUAUUUCUCUAAAAAAUUUAAGCAGUAAAUUAACUUAUUUUACAUACCUAUGUCCUUAGUAUCGUCAAAUUCUUUAUUUUAUUUGAUAAGUUAAAAACUAAUGUUAAAUAAUAGUUCUUUAUGAAUUAAAAAAUUUAAAACCACAAAUAAAGGAAAUAACUCUCAAGAGAUAUUAUGAAAAUAACACAAACUUGCACAUAACAUUUAGAAAUUAGAAGAACAAAUUUUAUGAAAGUUAAAGGAAUAAUAUAAAAGAGGUAGAGGCCAUCGAAUCCUUACUUUCUUCAACCCAAGAGCAUAGGAAUUGACAUCUGAACCACAACGGCUCAAGUAAUUUCAAUUUAGUGAAACUACCAAUAUGUUCACCGUUAGGAGGGGCCAUGGCCCCCUUUGUAUAUGUUGGCUCCGUCCCUGGUCAUUUGGAGAUAGUCUUAGCAAAUUGAGAAUAGAUUAAAAUGAAACUACCCGGCCAACUGGUUGGAGCAAACAGUAACCGUAUAAGAACAUUCAGAAUAAACAAGUAGUGUUUAUUGGAAAAAGAAAUGGGAAAAUCUACACUAUUGAUCUAAACGACACGGAUAGUUUCAAUGAAGCCUAUUUGAUUAG